AAGUAUACAGAAUCCAAUAGCCUCUGUUCUUCUUUCAUUUCUCUCUAUUUAUAUCAACUUUACUUGUUUAAACGCGUUUGUGAUCAUGUUUUUCUUGAAUUAUUAAUUCUUCUUCUCAACUGGUUUCCCUCUUUCUUGGCCAAGCUGUAUUUUUUUCUGAAACUUUCGGAGAAACCCAUUUCAGUUUUCUAUUUAUUUAUGACUAUUGGCCAUUGAAAGAGGGAUUUUUGCAGUUUUUUUUUAUUGUGGGGGUUGAAUCUUGAAAAUGAAGAAAGCAAAAUUUGAUAUGUUUAUGUCUUGGAGUCGGCAAAGAUCGGUCCAAGUUUUGAUUUUUAUAGCAUUUGUUUAUGUGGUGUUGGUGGGUUUAGAAGUUCCAUUUGUUUUCAAAACUGGGUUUAGUUUAGUUUCUCAAGAGGGUUUUGCUAAAAACCGUCAUUUGAAUUCUAAAACUUUUGUGCUUGAGAGUGAAGAGUAUGUGGAAGAAAGGAAGGCCCCAAAUCGUCCUGUUGAUGCGCCAGUUAGGGUUCUGGAUCAAUCCAGGCCGGAGAGAAGAAGAAUCAGAGAAUUGCACACUUUGUUAUCGAAUUUAGCUUUUAAUGGAAGCUCCGUGAAUAUGAAUAGCACUGAUGGGUUUUCGGGGAUUUUGAAGUCUGCAAAAGAGGCAUUUGAUGUAGGUAAAAAGUUCUGGGAAGAGCUUGAAUUGCACCGACAAGAAGCGAUUCCUGUAGAUUAUAAUAACAAGACAGAGGAAUGCCCACAUUCGAUUUCGAUUUCCGGGUUGGAAUUUCAGGAAAAAGGGAGAAUGAUGGUGUUGCCAUGCGGGCUUACUCUAGGGUCCCAUAUUACAGUUGUUGGGAAACCAAAGAAGGCCCAUCCGGAGCAGGACCCGAAGAUAUCUUUGCUGAAAACUGGUCAAUUCUUGAUGGUUUCACAGUUUAUGAUGGAGUUACAGGGACUGAAGACGGUUGAUGGAGAGGACCCACCAAGGAUUCUCCAUCUCAAUCCGAGAUUGAGGGGUGAUUGGAGUGGAAAGCCUGUGAUUGAACAAAACACUUGUUAUAGGAUGCAGUGGGGGACGGCUCAAAGAUGUGACGGCUUGAGGUCCAAGGAUACGGAGGAAACUGUUGAUAGACAGGUUAAGUGUGAGAACUGGAUUCGAGAUAACAACGACACUCAUUCUGAGCAAUCAAAGUCAUCGUGGUGGUUAAACCGGCUUAUUGCUGGGCGAACAAAGAAGAUGUCUAUUGAUUGGCCAUUCCCAUUUUCAGAGGAGAAGUUAUUUGUGCUAACGCUUAGUGCUGGCUUUGAGGGUUAUCAUAUAAAUGUUGAUGGGAGGCAUGUGACCUCAUUUCCAUAUCGAACUGGAUUUGCCCUUGAGGAUGCUACUGGUUUGUCAUUGAACGGUGACAUUGAUGUUGAUUCGGUGUUUGCUGCCUCCUUGCCAGCAACACAUCCCAAUUUUGCACCUCAAAGACAUCUUGAUAUGUCAAACAGAUGGAAGGCACCGCCUCUCCUUGAUCAGCCCGUAGAUAUGUUCAUUGGUAUUCUUUCUGCUGGCAAUCAUUUUGCUGAGCGGAUGGCUAUAAGGAAGUCUUGGAUGCAGCAUCAGCUAAUCAGAUCUUCAAAUGUUGUGGCUCGAUUCUUUGUUGCAUUGCAUGCAAGAAAGGAAGUUAAUGUGGAGCUAAAGAAAGAAGCUGAUUUUUUUGGUGACAUCGUCAUUGUUCCUUAUAUGGAUCACUACGACCUCGUGGUUCUGAAAACAGUUGCCAUCUGUGAAUAUGGGGUCCGUGUAGCAUCUGCCAAAAAUAUCAUGAAGUGCGACGAUGAUACCUUUGUGAGAGUAGAUGCAGUUAUCAAGGAAGUAAAGAAAGUGCCCGAAAAUAGGAGCUUAUAUAUUGGAAAUAUCAAUUACCACCAUAAACCCCUGCGUAGUGGUAAAUGGGCAGUAACAUAUGAGGAAUGGCCCGAAGAAGAUUAUCCAGCUUAUGCAAAUGGACCUGGCUACAUAGUUUCAGCAGACAUCGCUAACUUCAUUGUCUCAGAGUAUGAUAGCUAUAACUUAAAGUUGUUCAAGAUGGAGGAUGUAAGCAUGGGAAUGUGGGUUGAGAAAUUCAACAGCUCAAGACCUGUGCAAUAUGUACACAGCUUGAAGUUCUCCCAAUCUGGUUGUGUAGAAGAUUAUUAUUCAGCUCAUUAUCAGUCACCUAGGCAGAUGAUUUGCAUGUGGAACAAACUACAACAGCAAGGGCGACCCCUUUGCUGCAACAUGAGAUGAACACAAUUAGAGAUUCAGAGAAAAGUAACUGAGAGUUGAGCAGAGAAAGAUGUAGACAAGUCUUGCAGUUAUAGUACCACCAUCUGUAAACUUUCUGGAAUCCUCAGUUUUAGAUAUGAUACGGGGCUACUUAGGGGCCCUUACAAAAUUCUUUCAUUGUUA